AUGGAGGGCCAUCGCGAAAGGGACCUGCGUCAAGCCAGUAGAGAGCGGGACCAGGCCGAGAGGCAAAAGUGGGAAAUGGAUGUAAAAGUUGACCAACUGCGGAAAGACAUUGAGAGGAGCUUCAAGGCCGAUAUCCGCGACGCUGUCAACGAUAUCCGUAAAGAGAUCCAGACAAGCCUGUCCGAGUCACAGUCGGAGCCUGGUAGAGCGCCGUCACGGAUGGAUAGCAGCAGGAGAGGCUACGCGGGUUCGGCGCGGUCCGUACACGGCGAUCGAGAUGUGUGGGUGGACCGGGACGGUGAGCAUCAGGACGUUCUGAUGCAGGAGAUCGCAAAGAUCAUGGACGGGAAGAGAAUGCUCCAACCACAGGAUUCGACCUCGGGAGCGGCCUUUCGCGGGGGAACGCAAGCGGGCCGGGGGUCGGCGCGAGGAUCACGGAUCGAUCCCGAGUUGCGGAGCGAGGUCGAGACCAUCAUCUACGACAUACUUGGAGGAUCUGAUCCGGGACAGCGACACUAUCGGCGACCGUCCUCGCGUUCGUUCAACCGAGGGACAGCUUCAGACGACUACGAUCCUCGCACCGAAGCGUCGGGCUACCCGCGAAACCGGUACCGCGACACCCACGACGGCGGGGUGAACCCUGCCCUAGCCAAUCGAUAUGGCCUUCGACGCUCGCCAGGUCAAGUGACCUUCGACCAGAACGACUACACUAUACCAAGUGCGGCACCCAGUCACCCAGCCGACGAGAGGCCAUGGUUAGGAGUACCGCAUAGGUCGCGAAGGCCGCGGCGCCGAGGAGAGGACGUAGCGGGGCCGAGCGAUCCUCGGACCUACGGCCCCAGUCUUCAGCAGCAGCCAUUAGCAACUCAGGCAAACAACCUGAGGACUCAACCUGGCACGCAUGCGCCGGAUCCCAGACACUGGGCCGGAGGGAGUAACGGCGAGGCCGUCUCAAGCGCCGGGGCAACCGCGAUGGCUUACCAGGACAGGAUGAACAACAGCGGGGUGCGGCAGGGCGAGCAAGGCAACCCGGCGAGGCCGUUGGGUCGGCGCGGCGAGCGCGUACCUGCUGCUGCUGCUGCUGCUACGUAUGAGGACGAAGACGCCGGCGAGUUGUUUACAGAUGACGACGAGUCGGACAACGGUGAGGUGUUUCCCAAGCGCGACGCUACUUAUCCCGAGUUUCUGGCCGGCCAUCCGGACCUGAGACACCAGCUGCCUAGGGUUCCGGAUCCCAGACCGCACCUGCGACGAGUUGGUAUUCAGUAG